CAGAAUAUAUCUCGGCCGCCGCUCGCUCCCUCUCCCAAAUUAAACGUUUCUCUCUUAUUGGAAGGUUAGUGAUAAUCCAUCCAAAAAUGAGGCAAGAAGAUUUGUUCAGAUACCUUCCACCAGAAAUUUUCAUUGAUAUCAUAUUGAGACUCUCUCCCGAAAUCAUUUUAACUUGCAAAUGUGUAUGCAAAGCAUGGCUCGAUCUCAUUGAGAGUGACGUUUUUCACAAGUCUCAUCCCUCCGCCCUAGUUGUCUCAAUGCCAGUCGAGGAUUCAAAUUGGUUCAGUGUUGUCAAAUUGGAAGACGAGCACAAGCAGGAUGAUCUAAUUGCUGAAUUUAAUUUCCCUCAAGCAUCAACAAUAUUAGGUUCUGUCAAUGGUUUGCUUUUACUAAAAAAUGAUGCUAGAGAUCUUUAUGUAUGUAAUCCAUUCACCUAUGAAUUUGUUGAGUUUCACGGGCCUCGUAAUUCUACGUACGCUGGAUGGAAAGAAUCUUAUGGAUUUGGAGCGAGUAAAAUGAGCGGACAAUAUAAGGUUGUCUGUCAUGACUAUGCAUAUAAAUUUCGUGUAUACACUCUUGAAGCGGGGUCUUUGUGGAGAGGAGUUGAAGCCUCCAUACCCUUGUUUGAUCUAAUCUAUAGCUCCGUUGGUUCAUUUGUUAAUGGCAAUCUCCAUUGGUUGGUAUCAUAUAGGAGAGGAAUGCCUUAUGUUUGUUGCUUUGAUCUCGAGACCGAAUGUUUUAGCACUUUCUCCGUGCCUCCUAAUAGAAAAAGAAUCAAGGAGAAGUUGUGCACUUUAGGGGAUUACUUGUGUUUUUAUGAUGAUGAAGGAUGUUGUAAUGCUACCAUCUGGUUGUUGAAGGAAUAUGAACAAGCGGAUAAAUGUUGGAUCCAGGCGCUUUUUAUACUACUCCAACAAGAGUGGAAAGGUUAGAGAAAUUGAUUCGUUACGUGAAAUGUGUGAUUCGUUUCAACCAGUGUGGUAUGCUGAUGAAUACCAAAUCAACUCAAUUUGUCUGACUCCAAGUUAUCUCCCCCUCAAAAGAGUUUUUUUGGGUAUGGAGAAUAUAAUCUCAUUUUGAGUUUUAGGCUUUU